CCGCUGCUUUAAAAGCACUUCGAAAACUCGCCCGCAGCCGCGUAGUUACAACUCUACGGCAAAACACUGCGCUAAAACCCCUCCCUAAAACCCUAAUUCAUUCGCAGCCAAUCCAUUAUGGGUCGCCGGAAAAGUGGCAGUCACAGUCCAACUACCCUCAACGGCUUGCCUCAGCCCCAGGGUUCGAAGAUUUGUUUUGAAGACGACGAUGAAGCUCCGAUUGAAGAAACCACUGGGAGCGUCAACGUCGAUGAGUCCAUGUGUGAAGCCUCCGACGACUCCAACAGAGUCAUUGAGGACACUGCCUGUAAGUUUGACCAGUCAUUGAAUGAUAAGGAUGAUAAAACCAGCGCUGAUUAUUACUUCGAUUCCUACUCUCACUUUGGUAUUCACGAAGAAAUGUUGAAGGAUUCAGUUAGAACUAAGACAUAUCAAAAUGUAAUUUAUCAAAAUAAGUUUUUAGUAAAGGAUAAAGUAGUUCUUGAUGUGGGAGCAGGGACUGGCAUUUUGUCCCUAUUUUGCGCUAAGGCAGGAGCAUCCCAUGUUUAUGCUGUUGAGUGCUCCCAUAUGGCCGAUAUGGCUAAAGAGAUUGUCGAAGCAAAUGGAUUUUCUAAUGUUAUAACCGUUUUGAAAGGGAAGAUCGAAGAAAUUGAGCUUCCAGUUGACAGAGUAGAUAUAAUUAUUUCAGAAUGGAUGGGAUACUUCUUAUUGUUCGAGAAUAUGUUAAAUACAGUCCUAUAUGCUCGUGAUAAGUGGCUUGUUGAUGAUGGUAUCGUAUUACCAGACAAAGCUUCUCUAUAUUUAACAGCCAUCGAGGAUGCAGAUUAUAAAGAAGACAAGAUUGAGUUUUGGAAUCGUGUAUAUGGGUUUGACAUGAGCUGCAUCAAAAAGCAAGCCUUGGUGGAGCCUUUGGUGGACACUGUUGACCAGAAUCAAAUUGUUACAAACUGUCUGCUACUUAAGACAAUGGAUAUAUCCAAAAUGUCGCCUGGGGAUGCAUCCUUUACAUCUCCAUUCAAGCUAGUUGCAGAACGUGAUGAUUACAUCCAUGCUCUUGUAGCCUACUUUGAUGUAUCUUUUACCAAGUGCCACAAGCUGACUGGAUUCUCGACUGGACCAAGAUCAAGGGCUACGCAUUGGAAGCAAACAGUUCUGUACUUGGAAGAUGUUGUCACCAUUUGCGAGGGAGAGGCUAUUACUGGGAGCUUGAAUGUUGCUCCAAACAAGAAGAAUCCUCGCGAUAUUGAUAUUGUGCUCAAAUACUCAUUCAAUGGACGUCGAUGCACGAUUUCAAAGACUCAACAUUACAAGAUGCGUUGAUUCACAACAGUAGCAACUUUGGCUUGUCUCUUUACACAAUCAAUGUAUUGAGUGUUGCUACAUCCUUUGGAAGAAUUAGAUUACGUAUUGACAUGCUUGUGUUCUUUUGCCCAUCCGGAUGCUUUAAAUUCAAUCUAUACUUUCCUCUUCU